AUGGACACAGCCAAAGCGCUCUUCGUUGAGCAGCUCGUGGCAGCGCUUCGGGAGAACGCUGCGCCUUCUAAUAACGCGAUAACACUCCCAUCUUCUCCGCCGUCCCCUUCUGCCGCUUCUGACGCUGGGCACAGCUCUGAAAACGCAGCAGAAGACGAGAAAUCGACGCAGGAGUACACUGGUCUUUUCCUGUCUGGAGCCGCUGCAACCGAUCGACACAGUCGCGAGCAACUGGCGCGAGAAGCGUACGCACAACUACAAUAUGACUAUCCGGAGGUUUUGGACGCUUCGAUUGAGGCCCUGGCGGAACUCUAUCGACGCAUACCAGCGGAGGACUCGUCGCUGGAAGUCGCUACGGAGGUUCCGAUUACAGCCACGUUAGUGGACGGAGUAGCAUUUCUAAACAGCUAUCACGGACCUUCUUCGAUGGGUUCGAGUAGUCGAAGACCGAUCGCGCCAGGCAGUGAGGUCAGUGGUUUGCUUGCAGCGUCGUUGCUGCUACGAGUCUUCCGCAUGUGCUUGGAGACGCCAGACGAUGCUCGCGUGAAUGCGCUCUUGUCGUUAUUGGUACUGCCUGACCAGUCGGAAUCGAUCGAGCAAAGGGACGUAUCGGAUGCUGGAGGGAUGAAGCUGGAAGGAGUGAAGGAAGAAGAGUAUGUCGAGAAGUAUGCAGCUCAAGAAGACCCGGACGACUUGAGUGAAGUGUACGAAGGACACUUGCCAGACGCAGUGCGUGCUCAGAGCACCCAUUAUAUGAUUGACCGACAUACAGCAGCCAAGUCGGCAGUUUCACGAACGGGACAACUGCAGUACUUGGCUUCACGAACGUUCUCGUCGUCUUUCGAGAGUGUGUCGAUGGAGAAGUGGGAGCAGUGGCGUCUAGAUGACGACCUUGUUGCGAUUAUGAAGCUGCUUAUAGACCACCCAGAGACUGAAGGCAACCAACACGAUGCUGCAUCGGUUGCGCUGUACGGUGUACGUGGUGAGUGGAGCAGGUAUUUGUACGUGUUGCGAGAUCGCGUUCUGCGUUUCCCUGGCUCAAGUCGCGAUGCUCUGUGGCAACUACAAAAGCUUGUUGUGUUCUUCCAUGGUCGUCAGUCAGCUGUGACUGCUGCAAACACAGUGCAGCAGUGCGCCCAGCCGCCGCAGUACGUAGUCUAUUGCGUGUUGGCUGAGUUAGCAAUGUCUCCGGAGUUCCAUCAGGGCACAGUCCAGCGCGCUCAACAGAGUUUAGCAUCGAUCGUCCAGGAAUUGAUACCAUUCAUUGCGGAGGAAAUCCACCAACUGGCUGCAGCGCCGAAUGCCUUGACUCGGCCGACAAAGAUAGCUGAGAGUGGACAGAAUAGUGAGAAUGUUGCUGAUGACGAUGGUGGAGGUGACAUGCUCGUUGCCGUGGUCCUACAGCUGCUUCACUUCAUGUUAUUCGCGUCAUCGAAUGCAAAGAGGACCACCGAGACACUUCACGAGAGUGGCGUUCUGCGAACACUGCUCAUGCUUCUGCCACCAGCAAGUGACUCACGUGAACGACAGCAGUCGCGCUUUCAAGACAAGCGGUGGUUUCCAGCACUUCUUCGUUUCUUCGGUGAGUGCGCGUUGUGGCAUGCAGGUUUUGCCACGUACGUAGCGCGUGUUCCAAAGUUCACUGCAAUACUACCGAUGAUGCGAGAGCAGUGCGUGGUCGAGGAGCUUCUCUUUGCGCUCGCAAUCUACCACCAUGAAGUGCAGAUACGGACGACUUCAGCCGAUUGGACGCUCGAUGUUUGGAAGACGUUUACAUCGGAGUCACUGUUUCCGCUGCAAUGUGAGUCAUAUGUCGAUGCAAUGAAGAAGCUGCAGGACGCUGUGUUCUUGCUGGCAUGUCUUGAAAAAGUGCUGGUCAGCUUGAGACGUGCAAUGCAAAAGGAGCUUCAGUGCAGUCUGCAGCAGAUUUACUCUGCUUUCAGGCGAUCAUUCGAGUACCCGGAGUACGUUGUUGCAGACGCCGCUCGUCUGCAGCAGUUUGAUCCGCAAGAGAAUGGUGGGACUUCGCAAGACAUUGACGCCGCAGAGAAGAAGAAGGACCGCGGUCAGGUGGAAGUAUUGCAGUUUACGGCAUUGCGGAAUAAACUGCGGCAGAGCGUGAAGUCGCUGUUGGCUGCACUCUCGUUGGGCUCUGCCAUGACCAGCACCGGAGGUCGCGUAUCGUCCAAAUUGGACUGA